CUCAAAUUAGUUGAAAACUCAGCAGAAAAAGAAAAUGGCUACUGCUACUACCGGAUUCUUGCUAGUUAACAAGCACUUCCAAGUCGAAGCCUUUCAAAAUAAAAAAAUCUACCAGAUGAAGAAAGCUGUCAAGGAUGAGAUGCGUAUGGCUUCAGCAUCAUCAAGAAGGAAGACUAUAUCCCAAGAAUAUGGUGUUUGGAAGAAGCAUUUUGGUCGUGUGAAUGCAGCCACUGGUGAGGAAAGGCAGAAAUUGAACUCUUGGAAAUCAAAUAUUAGUGGUGGAAGUGGAAGCUUGGUGCAAGAUGGCCUCGUUUACAGGCAAAACUUUUUGGUUAGAUCAUUUGAAAUUGGCUUUGACAGAAAACUAUCCUUGGCUGCCUUGACCAAUUAUUUACAGGACACAGCACUUGAACAGUGUAGAGUUAUAGGUAUAUCGGCUGAUGGUUUUGGUUCAACACCAGAAAUGAGUAGACAGGAUUUGAUAUGGGUAACCUCCACUUUGCAGAUAGUGGUGGAUAGCUAUCCUUCCUGGCAUGAUUGUGUAGAGGUGGACACAUGGUUUUAUCCAUCAGGACAAAAUAGCGUAGGUCGAGACUGGAUUGUUCGUGACGGUAAGACAGGGUGUACCUUGGCUCAAGCAACCAGUGUAUGGGUGUUAAUGAAUAAGAAGACAAGGAAGUUAUCCAAGCUUAAAGAAGAAAUCAGAGACGAGUUAGCUCCUCACAUGAGGAAUUGUGAUCCUAUCAUUGUUAAGGAUAGGAGAAAAUUGCUGCGACUCGAUGUUGAUACAGCGGAUUUUGCUCGAGAAGGUGUAAAACCUGAUUGGGAUCAGCUUGAUCUCAAUCAGCAUGUGAACCAUGUUCAGUACAUUAACUGGAUUCUUGAGAUUGUUCCCCGCUCUUUUGUAGAACAUCACAAGCUCUCUUCCAUAACUUUGGAGUACCGGAAAGAGUGUACCACAGACAGCGUACUGCAGUCUCUGGCGAAGAUUGUUAAAAAUGGUGUCCGUCAUAAUAGUAAUGAUAAAGUGAUAGAGUUGGAACACUUGCUCCUCCUGGAGAACGGAUCCGAAAUUGCCAGGGGAAGCACCAGUUGGAAGCCAAGAGAUAUUCCAGCAUAAACUACGACCAAGCAUAAGCAGUAUAUCCCGCGGUAGUGCUCAUAACAGAACUACACUAUACAGCUCCACCGUUAAAAUCAUUAAAAUAACUCUACUUGUCAUGAUAUAAAAUAAAUAAAUAAAUAAGUAAAAGGACGAGGACAAGAAGGAAUAAACAGUGAAGAAGAUCGUGUGAGGUGCAUUUUCAUUCUACUAGGUAUUUUUGCACUUUUAUUUUGUUAAAAAGAUAAAAGAGUAUAUGUGUUUUGUGCGUUAAGAAACUGCACACCAGAUAAUGUGAAACGCCAAUUUCUUCUCCCUUCUUCACCUUCUCAACAAGCAAAAGGGGGGCUGAUAAGUGCAGCAAAAGAAAUGAAUUUGAUCUCAUGUGCUUGGAAUCCUUGUGAAGUAAAUCAUUAAGAAA